GCUGAACAAAUAUUUUCAUACCAGCGAGUCCUUUCUGGUCCUAUGGGGGUUGGCAAGUCAUAUCUAUUCCUAUUUCCUUGCUGCAAAAGGAUAUGCGGAAGGGUGGCUUACCCUUUAUAUACCAGAUGCCGCGAUAUUAGAUGGAGCUACGGAUGAAAUCUUCGGCAAUGGUACUGUUAGAAUGUUUCUUCGCUUUCAACAGGGAUAUCUUGACGGCAUCUGAUCUGGAAAGUCUCCUCAACUUUCUUGGAAAUGUACAUUACUCAAUUAAGGGUGCUUGCGCAGUAUUCGACCUAUUCAAACAGAAGGAGCGCAAAACACUGUUCAUUAUCGACGAACAUGGAAAGUUAUUCCAAGAAAAACCGUACGUGCCGGGAAAAAUACCCGUUCCUGAAGCAUCUAAUGAACCUUAAUCUAUGGGAGUCUCAAUACAAAGGAUCUAGAGUGAUAUUUACAGGAACAGCCCAUGCCAAAUAUGAAUUGGAGAUUAUGGAAGACAGUGCUCGAGUUUCCUUAUUGUACUUUGUUGGCCCACUAUCCGAGACAGUGUUUUCAAAAUGGUUGGAGGUCCACCUGAACCAACCCGAUAUUGUCCAGGAUAUAAUGAGGAUUACAAACCGUGUGCCACGAGAGUUUAUGUUCCUCAUCCGGUCAAUUGAGGAAAGACCACUCACAAGAAAUAGCAUUGAUUCGUAUGUAACUGAGAGAACAAGCGAGUUUCACACUGUAGUUUGGACGUACUACGAAUCUCGCAGCGAGACAUCGAAGAAGAAGUUCGCUAAAAGCCUUGCAACAGUCUUUCCUUGGCAACAACUCGCAGAGUAGUGAUUUUGAAUGGGAUUUCCGUGACCUAGGGCUUAUCUAUCGUCUCAACAAGAGCCGCGGAGCCAUAAACUAUGUCUUGUGCCUCCCA